AUGAAGACACAGAGCCAUAGUAAACCACAUUUUGCUUUCCCUGUCAUGAUAAUCUUUUUUUUGUGUUUGCAAACAAGCGCAAACCGUACCGAUUAUCCCAGGGUUAUAACUGAUACCUGGAAUCCUAUCAGCCAAAACCUAAGUGGAAGCCAGAACAUAACAGAAGCCAAAACAAACCCUCCUCUGAGCAUCAAUUUCAGCAGCAAAACAACCACUUCUGAAAUGCAGACAAGUACUCAGACAUCCUUAUCCUCCACAACGGCCCAAAAUUCAACAUCUUCCCCUGCCAGAAGUGCUGUUUCUGCUACUGGAGGACCCAGGAACACCAGCAAACCCAGGAGUACAACGACAAAAGAAACAUGUGAAGACAACAGGUCUCUCAUACUGAUUUGCUUCAUUAUAAUAGCAGUACUUGUGCUUAUCUGCACCUUCUUAUUCCUGUCGACUGUCAUCAUAGCAAACAAAAUGUCCUAUCUCAAAAAAACUCAGCAAGGAAAGCGGAGGCCCAGGAGCAACGGUGAUAUUCUGGCGACUAACAGUUUAUGGCCAACUGCAGCAGGAACGUGGCAGAGGAUGCCCAAGGAGACAACUGGAACUGACCUGAUAAUGCAAGACUUGGUAUCAGGGAGAGAUGCUGCGAUCCAAAGGACAGCUGAAGAUGAAACUACUGAGAAACUCACUAAAGGAACAGAUAACGAACAGGAAAAUAAAGAACCAAAGUCACACAAACCCAUUUUAACCAAUUUUAUAGUUGAGAUUUAA